GCUUAAGAGAGGAUAGUUCACCCUUCUUCAAUUAUUUUUACUUGGAAGCCAUCCCUGCGUUCUAUCAACAAACGUGAAAAUGGUGUCUUGGGCUAUUACUGGCGCAACCCGAGGCAUUGGCUUCGGCUUCGUCAAUAAUCUUUCUGCGAACUCCGAGAAUACGGUGUUUGCUCUCAUUCGAAGUCGAGCGACUGCCGGUCCACUUGAGGAACUUGCUACAAAGCGGAAGAACAUCCAUGUUGUGGUGACCGAUAUUGCCGAUCCAGGAAAAUUAGCUCAGGCUGCAGCUGAAAUUGCAAAAGUUACAGCCGGUUCACUUGAUGUGUUGAUUCUCAACGCAAGCUCUCCAGGACCUGAUACUGGCGCGUUGUCGCCGAGUGCUUUCCAUGGCAAAGAAGAGGCAUUGGUAAAUGAGAUCAAUGAGAAUACCAAAACAAACGUGACUAGCAACAUCUUCGUCGUCAAUGCCUUCCUUGAUCUCAUACGCAACGGCAAAGAGAAAAAAAUUGCAUUCAUUACCAGUCCAAGUGGUGAUGUUGAGUUUACUCGGAUCACUGGCCUUUCUACCUUGCUGGGUUACUCUGUCAGCAAGGCUGGUGUCAAUAUGAUCGCCACCAAGUAUGCCAUUGAGUUGGCCCCAGAGGGUAUAAAGACGGUGUCCCUGAGCCCAGGCUGGGUCGACACGGAUUCCGGUUAGUCUUGUUGAUAUUCGGAAUGCAUCAGCUUAGGUUACUGACUCAACAUAGCUCGUGCAGUCACCGGCGAUCCGGAGGUGCGGAAGUUCAUGCUGAACGCGUUUCACAAAAUCGACAAGAGCGUCGAAGGGCCGAUCUCGGUGGAAGAAGCAAUCAAGCUUCAGCUCCAGGUGAUCCAGGGUCUGACGGAAGCAGACAGUGGAAAAACUCUGACACAUCGUGGAAAUAGUGAUGGAUGGUUCUAACCAUUGCAGGUACCGAGUAGUUGUUGAUAGAACAUAGAAGAAGUUGAAUUCAGGCAAAAGGAGGUAUGAAUGGGACUCCGCCAACGACCGCAUUGAAGAUAGUCAAAUAGUCGACUUGGUUCUCUGUAUUCAAAUCCUGCUGGUUCCACAUUGCCUCGACAGUAUGCUG